GCCCAGCCCACGCCUCCUCUCCUCCCCAGCCAGGACAGACAACGCCACCGCCGCCUCCCUCGCCGGCCAGAGCUCGCUCGCUCCCAUCCUCCCCCAACGCGUCCUCCUCGUACCUUUCCUACCUCCCCUCGUUCCGCGAUGAGAUUCAUCUCGGGCGUAGCGUGGGUACCCUAAUCCUCGACCUCCAGAGCGAGCACGGCAGGCGGCGGGCAGCAGCUGGCGGACACAGAAGAUAUCUGCUUCGAAACUCUGCCUUGUACACCAUGCUUCUUGUGCCAGCCCUUGGAUUUAACUAGCCACAAGCGGAUGGAACCUACCAGAACUAUCAAUUGUCAUCAUCACUUCAUCAGCAAAGUCUGAACAGUAGCAGAGAUCAAGGAGAGUACACUUUUCCAGUUAGAACAUAACUGGGCAAGGUUCUGCAGGUUGUGCAGACAGCAAAGUGAGGUGAAGGCUCUGACACGAUGCGGUUUGCAGUGACAAAAGUAUGCGCCGGUGGGGCAAAGGCUCGCGCUGGCAUGCUCCAGAUUGGAAGCACCAGUGUUGAGACGCCAGCUCUGCUUUUGUCCACACGCAAGGGGCUGCCGGCGUUUAUGUCAUGUGACCUCCUUUCUUCCCUCCCCCUUCCUGACUCCCUACUCCUCAAUGUCUGCCCAACCCACUUUAUAGAAGGCCCUCCAACAAAAACAAUAUCUAAUAUUGGAGGGUUGCAUCGUAUGCUAGGCCUGCCUGAUCAUAUCCUUGUAGCGGCAGCUGGCGAUUCAAUUGAGAGUUUACCGUCAAGUGAAGCCAGCAAUAAAUUCGGUGCCUCCUUUGAAACACCAGCGGGACGUAAACUGGUCAAACCAUCAGAUUACAUGGAGUUGAUUUCCUGCAUGAGACCUAAUUUGUGGGCAAGCUUGGCGGAUGAGGUACCAGCCUGGGUUAAUGAGAAACGGAAUAAAACAUCUGUUGAGCGAACAUUACGCUGGCUUGAUGCAUGCCUUGCUUUGGACGUGGCUGCUGGACAAAACACUUUAGGUGUAGUUGUGGGGGGAUCCAGUAUAGAAGAACGGAAACGGUGUGCCACUGAAGUAUCAAAGAGGAAUGUAUCAGGCUUUUGGAUCGGAGGGUUUGGCCUGGGAGAGAAUGUUGAAGAACGUUGCAAUUUGCUCAAUGCAGUAACAGAUUGCUUGCCUUCGGAUAAACCUCGGCUUGUCUCUAGGCUUGGUCUUCCAGAGGAGGUCUUGGAGGGUAUAGCUUCUGGUAUCGACCUUUUCGACUCCACGUACAUUCACCAACUUACUAUGGGUGGUUUUGCACUGAUCUUCCCUGUUGACAUGGUUGAAAGAGAGAUGCAGAAUGGUAUAUUCAAUGAUAGUGCUGGAGAUCUUACAAAGAUUAACCUGCGUACAACGACAUAUCGGAAAGACACGUCAAGAAUAGUUGAUAGCUGUAGCUGCUUCACGUGCCAGAAUCACACUCGUGCUUACCUCAAUCAUUUGCUCAAUGUCCAUGAGAUGUUGGCUCAGAUCCUACUGGAGAUACAUAAUACCCAUCAUUAUCUUCACUUUUUCCGGUCAAUACGGGAAGCAAUCAAGAUAGGGGAAUUUGAUCUCUUCUGGAAGCAGUUUGUUGAAAAUAGACGCUCCCAGAUUGCUGCUGCUGUGAUGUAGCUCUUAUUCGUGCAUUACCUUUCGAACUGUGAUCUACUGGUUUUAUUUGCUGUUGCAACGGAAAAUUGCCCAGAUGAGAUCUGUUGUGAAAAGUUACAUAUGCCCCUGUUGUCUUGUUGAACUGCUAAACAGUUCGUUUUGUCCUCUAACAGGAAAAGACAUAUAUGUGUAUUAAACAGUUGGAUCAUCUUUGAGGCAAAUUUCUAGAAAUUGAAAAUCGGAUUUUGAUAGGCA